ACCCCAGAGAGUGAAUUACGGGAAGUAUGGGAAUGGCUUAAUGUCGUUGACCCUGCCUCCAAUUAUUCAUGCGCCCUGGCUCUUCGUGAACCCGGUACUGGGGGUUGGCUGCUCAGGGGACCCGAGUACAUCGAUUGGAAGGAAGGCAGAGGGGGGGUUCUCUGGCUCCAUGGAAUACGUACGUCUACAGAUGAGUGAAGCCUUAUGCUUCGAAGAACAUCACUGACAUUUGUGUCUACUAGCCGGAUGUGGCAAGAGUGUACUGAGGUGCGAACUUAACCGGGUGUCCAGAGGCGCAAUAUGAUUUCUUUAUUGCUAACUCAUUCUUUAGUGCUACUGCUAUUCAAGAUGUCGAACAUCUGUGCAACACGAACGAUGAUUACGCAUUAGCUUAUUUUUACUUCACCUUCAGCGACUCCGAGAAGCAGAAAUUGUCCAAUAUGCUUCUGUCCCUUAUUGGCCAGCUUCCAAAAAGGCCUUCAGACCAGGGCUUGCCGCGUGAGAUUGUCGACCUAUAUCAUAGCACCAAAGCAAUUGGAAAGUCGGCAGAAACCGGACCUCUGAAAGAUCUAUUGUCGCAGAUUAUAAGGCGUUUUAGGAAGACAUUUAUUAUUUUGGAUGCAUUGGACGAGGUUCCUAGGUCCGAGCGGGAGGACCUCCUGUCUUGGCUCGACAAGCUAACUGCCGAUCACAAUUUGGAAUCACUUUCCAUUCUCAUCACCAGUCGCCCCGAGGCUGAUAUAGUAAGAUCCCUAGCACCACUUAUCGCCUUUUCAAUAUCACUACAAUCCGAAACCAUCGAUCCCGAUAUCCGGACAUAUAUACAGAACUCGCUAGACGGAAGGGAUGGUUUUAGGAAAUUUACGAAAGAAAUAAGGAGCGAGAUAGAGGAAACGCUGGUUUCAGGCUCACAGGGAAUGUGUGUUAUGCCCAAUCACUGAAAUUUUGCUUAUGCUAAUCUUGUGGCGGGGCCUUAAGGUUCCGAUGGGUAGAUUGUCUUCUACGGAUUCUGGAAGAAUCCAUGACGCCAAAAUCUGUGAGAGAUGCAAUGAAGGAACUCCCGGGAGACUUAGAUUCCGUCUACGCCAGGAUCCUCGAUAUCAUUCCUAAGAGGCAGAAGGAAUUCAUUCAGCGCGCGAUGCAUUGGCUUGCAUUUUCAGCAGCGCCAUUGACAUUAGGCCAGCUUGCGGAGGCUGUUGCGAUCAACUACGAUGUCACCAAAUAUGGCGAGGAUUCGGAAACUUUUUUUGAUAUGAGGUCCCUCAUGAGCAUUUGCCCCAGCCUUAUUUCCUUUGAAGACGCCCGGGACGAUGAAUCAUCCUCCCAGGAAAACCGGCGAUUACGACUAGCACAUUUCUCGGUAAAGGAAUAUUUGACUUCUGACCGCGCAGCUCAGGGCCCCAGUUGCUACUAUCACAUAUCGGAGGACAAAGCCAAUUUGCUGAUGGGGCAUGCUUGUCUCAGUCGGAUACUGCGACAUAGCGCACACGGCACUAUACCCGGGGAAGAAGUCAAAGAAACAUCAUUUCUCUACCACAGUGCUCGCUAUUGGUUUGUGUAUACCAGAUCUAUUGAGGAUAAGGCACCCGCUCCACUCUCCAAUGCUGCAUUGAAGGUCCUCGAGCUAGGAAAGGGCUGGUUAGAUGUAUAUGACCCCGAUAGCCCUUACCGGCAUAAAGGCCCGGAUUCAGAUGUUUCCCCGCCACCGCUCUACUAUUCCUCCUUUUUAAAUUUGAUGAUACCCUGCAAAUUACUAGUCGACAGAGUGGAGGGUACAGCCGGUGUGAAUGCGCAAGGCGGCCGUUAUGGUAAUGCGCUACAAGCAGCUGUAUUUUGGGGAAACGAAUCGGUUGUGCGGCUUCUCUUAGAGCAUGGAGCAGAGGUGAAUGCUGAGGGUGGUCUUUAUGGCAAUGCACUCCAAGCAGCUGCAAUCCAGGGAAACGAAUCGAUUGCGCGGCUUCUCCUCGAGCGUGGGGCAGAGGUGAAUGCGAAGGGUGGCCGUUACGGCAAUGCAUUAUACGCAGCUGCAUACCAGGGAAACGAAUCAGUUGUGCAGCUUCUCCUCGAACGCGGCGCAGAAGUGAAUGCUAAGGGUGGACUUUAUGGCAAUGCACUCCAAGCAGCUGCAAUCCAGGGAAACGAAUCGGUUGUGCAGCUUCUCCUUGAGCGUGGGGCGGAGGUGAAUGCUCAGG